AUGACGACUGCUGAACCAGGUCCAGGCAGCGAGACACCCUUGGGAGCCAUGUCGAUUGCACGCUUCAUCCCUCGCUUCACCAAGCCGCAGCUUCUCACCAACAACAUUCCCACGUAUCGGCAGUCCUUCUCGUAUCCGAAUCGAGGUUCGCAAGAGGCAGCCUCCUCGUUGCCGAUCUCAUUUGACCAACCGCAACAACAAGCGAGAGCACGGACAGACGACGAAUCGGAGAAGCAACAAAAACAAGACCCGAGCAAUGCCGCGUACGUAGAAUGGAGCAAGCUGCUUCCAGUGCCCUCGAAUCUGCUAUGCUCUUUCAAGGAUCUGUUCGAAGCGCAAAGAGGCACCGAAGAGGCCAAAGGACGAGGCUCGAAAACAGCACCACAAAAGGCAACCGAUACACUUCGAUUACCACCGUCGGCAUCUCCGCCACCGCGCUUAGUUUUUUUCGGAGAACAGCAUCAUCAGCCUCUGGUAAUGCGGGCGCAGCUGCAGACCAUGCAUGCCCUCUACAAGCAAUGUCAGCUUGCCUCAAAUCCAACGGCAUUACAGGCCGAUGCCAAUCCAAUCUAUAGGCUUCAUCUUGUACUCGAACACUUUUCCGUUCUCGACCAGCACAUGCUCGACUCGUUCUCGCACGGUCAACUCGAUCCGGAUCAAUUUGCAGAUGCAUAUCGAGCGCACAGCCGGGAGGCUUUCCAUAUUGGACACUACAUGCCUUUGCUCAUGCUGGCAAAGGAGCUCCACGUGCCCAUCUGGGGCGGCUUCCCUCCGCGAAGCUGGGCCAAGCAAGUAUUUCGCGAUGGAGUCGAAUCUGUCAAGAUCGAUGAACAGCGUCGAGCCAGUUCUGCCUCACAGGAGAUUGUGCGCUCUGCAUCGCAGGGCGACGCUUCGUCCACGUUGCCUCGACCGCCACUCUUCACGUCGUGGAAUGCGGUGACCAAAAUCAGUGCGGCUCAUCGAAGCUAUCUCUCUGGCCUCAUGCGGCCUGAUCUGCCACCCCGCUUCCCACAGCUUCCGUCGACUUCUUCUUCUACAUACGUCGCAAAUGGGCUGACGAAUGACGAAGUCAAGGACUCUCUGCCAAUUUACCCCACCUGGCUUCUCAAACCGCACAAUAUAGAGGCCAAAGGUUUUGGCCCUGCGCAGGCGCUCAAAGAUUCCUACCUUGCUCAUGUGACCGCGUGGAUUCUUAGCGGUGCAUGUCAACGCGAUCCAGUGACAUCAGACCAUGGCGUGCAGUCGACAGCGUCUCAAAAAGAGUCGCCACUGCUCAACGACACAGCAGAGAAGGAUAACUCGAGCCGGCCUAUCGUCAAUAUCGCACUGGUGGUCUGCGGGCUGGGUCACUGCGAAUAUGGCUUUGGUGCGCCCGAGCGAGUCGUCCAACUUCUCUCGAAGCAAGGCGAAUCAUCCACCGCCAACGACACGUCGACCCUGCUGCCCUACAUCAUAGCAAGCAAGCCUCUCGACUCGGGAAUUUGGCUGGGCUACGAGCACCCUUCUCGGGCAUCCGCAUCGAACCGCCUCGACACUGCACAGCAAGCGUCGGAGCCGAAGCAGUCGGAGGCCCUCGAGCCAGCGUCGACAGAUUUGGGUGCGGUCGAACGAUGGUUGAAUGAUCCUUGGGGGCGAAAGAUGGCCGAUGCUGUCUUAUUGUACGACUGGAUCGAUGACGAGUCGCACCAGGGAGCUGAUACGACCGCUGACGGAUAUCAAACCACAUGCAACUCAAGCACGUAG